UGUGUUCAAUUCCAGUGUGCCGUUUGACUCUCAUCGGCGUCCCAGCCCGUCAGACCGUUCUGGGAAGGUUACAGGGAGGCUCUGCUUUUUCCAUCUGACAAGGAGGCCCUGCUAUAUCGUUGUAAAAUUUUCUCAAGCUUGCCCCAAAUUCACCAGCUGGGUGUGACUUAAUCACAGUACGCAUGAAGCUGAUCGUCCACCAGCAACUGGGCUGUGGGCCUGGGGGGGUCCUGGAUGCAUGGGAGUGUGUGUGUGUGUGUGUGUGUGUGUGUGUGGUGGGGAAUUGACAGAAGCGGACCUCCUGCUGCUGGAGGGAGAGAUGGAUGAAAGACGGACGAUGAACAUAAGUUGUUCACAGGAGAAGAGAGGGAGGACACAAACUGAAUAUUUCUGAUUGUAUAAUCAGGUGUUGGAAAAGAUUCCAGUUAGAGGACUUUAGAGGACUUUAGAGGACGCUAGAGGACUUUAGAGGACGUUAGAGGACUUUAGAGGACUUUAGAGGACAUUAGAGGACGUUAGAGAGGUCCAGUUCAGCACACGGCUCUGGUAAGUGUCCAUCUGACGGAUGUUCGGCCAUUUCGGACAUCAAGACUGUCUCUUCUUGUGAAACUAUGGCUAUUUUUGCCUUGGAUGUGUGUCAGCCAAAGCCUCAACUAUGUACUUAAUGUGUGCAUGUAACAUUCUUUCUCACAGUCUUUGUUUCAAUGUCUUUAACAACGAUCCAGGUUUUAAAAUUAUUUCAUGGCAUUUAAUGGUGGAAUAAACAGGUAUUAUUUGUUUGCUCUCUUGACACAGCAUUCUACUGCCAUUGCAGCCUGUGACUUAACCUGUGCUUCGUCUUCAUUUUCCUGUUGGCUGGAGUGUGACGUGGUUGUCUUAAUGAGUGUGACGUGGUUGUCUUAAUGAGUGUGACGUGGUUGUCCUAAUGAGUGUGACAUGGUUGUCUUAAUGAGUGUGACGUGGUUGUCCUAAUGAGUGUGACGUGGUUGUCUUAAUGAGUGUGACGUGUUUGUCUUAAUGAGUGUGACGUGGUUGUCUUAAUGAGUGUGACAUGGUUGUCCUAAUGAGUGUGACGUGGUUGUCUUAAUGAGUGUGACAUGGUUGUCUUAAUGAGUGUGACGUGGUUGUCUUAAUGAGUGUGACGUGGUUGUCUUAAUGAGUGUGACGUGGUUGUCUUAAUGAGUGUGAAAUGGUUGUCCUAAUGAGUGUGACAUGGUUGUCCUAAUGAGUGUGACGUGGUUGUCUUAAUGAGUGUGACAUGGUUGUCUUAAUGAGUGUGACGUGGUUGUCUUAAUGAGUGUGACGUGGUUGUCCUAAUGAGUGUGACGUGGUUGUCUUAAUGAGUGUGACAUGGUUGUCUUAAUGAGUGUGACGUGGUUGUCCUAAUGAGUGUGACAUGGUUGUCUUAAUGAGUGUGACGUGGUUGUCUUAAUGAGUGUGACGUGGUUAUCCUAAUGAAUGUGAGGUGGUUGUUUUAAUGAGUGUGACGUGGUUGUCUUAAUGAGUGUGACGUGGUUGUCUUAAUGAGUGUGACGUGGUUGUCUUAAUGAGUGUGACAUGGUUGUCUUAAUGAGUGUGACAUGGUUGUCUUAAUGAGUGUGACGUGGUUGUCUUAAUGAGUGUGACAUGGUUGUCUUAAUGAGUGUGACGUGGUUGUCUUAAUGAGUGUGACGUGGUUGUCUUAAUGAGUGUGACGUGGUAGUCUUAAUGAGUGUGACAUGGUUGUCUUAAUGAGUGUGACGUGGUUGUCUUAAUGAGUGUGACGUGGUUGUCUUAAUGAGUGUGACAUUGUUGUCUUAAUGAGUGUGACGUGGUUGUUUUAAUGAGUGUGACGUGGUUGUCUUAAUGAGUGUGACAUGGUUGUCUUAUCCCUGGCUAUUGUUUAGUUGAAUUCAGGAGUAAGAGGUUGACAGUAUCUGCUAAAUGACCAACAUGUCAAUGAGAACUUUAAGAAUAUGGGCUGUCCACACAUGAUUUUCUUUCUUUCUUCAGGGAGUGAUCUUACAUCUCAUUCAACAAAAUGUCUUCCACUGAGGUUAGUUUACUGUUCUUCAUACAAGAUAGAUAUCAAAAUCAUCAGGGGUUAUUUACAUAUACAGUAGAUCAGAGUUCACAAUAUAUAGUGCCUUUGUUUUCGAGGUGUUGUCUCAGGUCCUAUACUGUCUCUGUUGCUAACUUAACACUUUGUCUUUGGGGGCUGAAGAGCACAUACCAGAGAUAGGCUCAAGUUGACUGGUCAGUGUGUGAAUUAGAGGUCACAUACCAUGGCAAGGCCCAAGUUGAUUGGUCAGUAAUUAAAUUAGAAGUCACAUGCCAUGGCUAGGCCCAAGCUGAUUGGUCAGUAAGUGAACCAGAAGUCACAUGCCAUGGCUGGGCCCAAGUUGAUUGGUCAGUGAACUGACCCUGACUCCUGAAAAAUGUGUGUUUUCUUCCUGAACCCCCGGGACCAGAGCCCGAUGACAGCCACACUUCUGACCUCCAUCCUGGUGGCUGUGUUUGGCUCGCUCCAGAUUGGCUACCACACCGGUAACGUCAAUGCCCCGGCCAGAAUUAUCGAGGAGUUCUUCAACCACACCUGGCAUUCCAGGCACAAUCAGUCGAUGCCUGAUCACAGCCUGACCUUCCUGUGGUCCCUCUCCGUCAGCAUUAAGGACUUUGGAGCCCUGCUGGGGUCACUAGGGGUCAAGUGUAUGGCCGACUCCUUCGGCAGGCGUGACUCCAUCCUCAUAGUGAAUGCCCUGUCGGUGGUGGGAACGUGUCUGAUGUUUUCCUCAAAAGCCUGCGGGUCGUUUGAGAUGCUAAUCGUUGGCCGGCUGGUGUUCGGUCUGUUCUGUGGCUUAGUGAUGAGUCUCAACCCUUUGUACAUCCAGGAAGUCUCUCCCACCAACCUCAGAGGGGCCUUCGCGACCCUGAACCAGGUGUUCUUCGCCACAGGCAUACUCCUGGGAAUGAUUGUGGGCAUUGAGACAGUGCUGGGGACAGAGGAGCUGUGGGCCAUAAUGCUGUCCCUGUCUUUGAUACCUGCCCUGCUGCAAUACCUGGCCCUCCCCUUCUGCCCUGAGAGCCCCAGAUAUCUGCUCAUCAACAGAGACCAGGAGUCUAAGGCAGCGAAGGCCCUGAGGCGUCUGAGGGGCUCAAAGAACAAGGUGUACACCGAGCUGGAGGAGAUGAAGGAGGAGGCGGCUCACACCCAAUCAGCUCUGACCGUCAGGGAGUUCUUCACGAAACGCUCCUACCGACAGCCAAUCAUGAUCGUUCUCAUUGUCAACCUAGGAUCACAGCUGUCCGGGUUCAACGCGAUCAUAAAUUAUUCCACCAAGAUGUUUGACAAGUCUAACUUUGAUGAAGCCAAGUACCUGACACUGGGUGUGGGGGCUGUGAAUGUGACUUUCACUCUGGUAGCGUUUUUGCUAAUGGAAAAGGCUGGCCGCAGGAGGCUGCUGUUGACUGGCUUCAUGUGUCUAGCUGUGUGCAACCUCUCCAUGACUGUCAUAGACUCAGUCCUGUUCCUCGUCCCAGAGCUGCGUAGCCUACAGGUGCUGGGAGUGUUCUUCCUGAUUUCGGCCUAUGAGGUGGGACCAGGCCCUAUUUCCUGGUUCAUUGCUGCAGAGCUGUUUGAUCAGCCUGCCAGGCCCAUUGCUAUGGCCUUCACCAGCAUGCUCAACUGGGGAGGAAAGUUCCUGCUGGCCCUGCUCUUCCCACCCCUACUGGAGCCAGAGAGGGAGAGAAGGAAAUGGGCAACCAGUGGAGUUCUAGUCCACCACUCAGUGUACCAGGGUGAAGUUCUACUAUCAAACACCAGAGGGCAGCUUUCCUUUGCCUGAGUAUACACCAUUAGCUGGGGUUUAUUCUAGGUUUGUUGAUGUCGUUCAAAGUGAUGUUGUUUAAUGCAGCAAGUCUUUUUGCCCUGCAUGUGUUGGCCUAAGCAGCAUGUCAAUCACCACAAAAAACAUCAUAACUGAACCUCAAGAAGUAUGAAUUUGUAUGAACUAGAGAGGUUUAUUUGAGCAUGACGAAGAAUGCUAACAAUACAGUGAAAAAACAAUGCAGUUUGUGAUCAACAAUAGUUUGGUGUGUUUGUGUGUGUUGUAUGUAAAUAACUGGGCUGACUAAUCCCUGACUUACGAGAACAGAGGGAGUCUCUCAUUAGAAGUGGAAAUCUAUUAAAACUGGAAAAUACAACAAAACACACAAACACUUAUGGAAAAAUACAAACAGUCAAACACAAGACUGGAUUUUUUUACUGCUCAAUUAACCAGACCUGUAAAAAUAUCAACAUUCCUCCAAAGUCAAUUCUAAAUCCUUUUUAGGUUCAAUAGCUGUUUGUACCUGUCAGAUGGCUUUUGUGAGGGGAGUCCCUCUGCAAACACACAGACGCACACACACACGCGCGCACACACGCACACACACACACACACGCGCACACACACACAUGCACACACACACAGACGCACACACACACACUCAAUCUUCCUAUAGCUCAACCCCUGUAUACUUCAACCCAAUAGAUCAAACAAACACCUAUAGCCCCAUACCACGACCCUACUAUAGCUCAAACCCCCCGUACAUAUUUUACCUUAAACCUCAUACAGUAUGCCUCUGAAUUGUAACACUGUUUCAAGGGUGAACUUCCAAGAGUUUCAAAGUGCACACUGUCUAGUACAGAAGUCUGAGAUAUGCUUGAAUGGAAUGGAAAUCUGAUUGUACCUGGCAUCACUUUUGAUUGACGGCUAGCUGCAGGCACUUAGGUGUUCUGCAUGCUAGGUACAGUAGCUAAAAAGAUGGCACAAAGAUUUAUCCAAUGUGAUCAUUAAAAUAACGCUGGCAACUUACACUGGCAACUGUGCUGUUUAAUUUUCCAGAAAGCCCCAAAGAUUCAAUGAAAAUAGAACAGGAAAAUGAUGGUCCAAUUCAUUCUUUGUUUUCUAUAUCUUUUAAGUACGAUACAAAACGUCUGACAAAUGUAAAAGUUAUUUAACAUUAUUUCUUUAAGAAAGCCCUUGAAUAAUAACAGUGAACUUUUGUACUCCCUAGAUGCUUACCAGAAACUGUUGUUUAAUGAAUAAAUAUAUGUAAUGGAUACACUGUCAUCAUUA